AAUGGCGGCUAAGAGGCUAUCGUGCCCAGGCCAGGCUUGGGCAGGGGAGGGGGCCGGGGGAGGCACUCGGGUGUCCAGCCUGAGCCCCAGGCCCUGGGCGGCUUGUACAGAAGCAAAUUACACGGCUGGGAUUUUGGCUCUGACUUCAAGGGCCAGGGGCCCAGCCCCCCUUUAGCCUGGCUAUAAAGGCCUGCCCGGGGUCUCUGUCCAGACCAGACCCUGCGCUUGACUUGUGGACAUCAUGGCCGCCACCACCACCAGCAUCCGCCAGUUUUCCACCUCCGGCUCUGUCAAGGGCCUGUGUAUGCCCAGCGGGGGUUUCUCUCGGAUGUCUUCCAUCCGUGUUGGGGGUGCUUGCCGGGCCCCCAGCCUCCUGGGAGUUGGCGGCUCUGGCAUGUCCAUGUCCUCGUCCCGCUUCUCCAUGGGCUUGGGGGGCGGCUAUGGCGGGGGCUAUACCUGCAACCUGGGCGGGGGCUUCGGCUCCAGCUUUGGCAUGGCCGACAACUUGCUGGGAGGCAGUGAGAAGGAGACCAUGCAGAACCUCAACGACCGCCUGGCCUCCUACCUGGACAAGGUGCGCGCCCUGGAGGAGGCCAAUGCCGACCUGGAGAUGAAGAUCCACGACUGGUACAAGAAGCAGGGACCCGGGCCCGCCCGAGACUACAGCCACUACUUCAAGACCAUUGAGGAGCUUCGGAGCAAGAUCCUGGCAGCCACCAUUGACAACGCCAGCUUGGUGCUGCAGAUCGAUAAUGCCCGCCUGGCAGCUGACGACUUCCGCACCAAGUACGAGACGGAGCUGAACCUGCGCAUGAGCGUGGAGGCCGACAUCAACGGCCUGCGCAGGGUGCUGGACGAGCUGACCCUGGCCAGAGCCGACCUGGAGAUGCAGAUCGAGAACCUCAAGGAGGAGCUGGCCUACCUCAGGAAGAACCACGAGGAGGAGAUGAAUGCCCUGCGAGGCCAGGUGGGCGGGGACGUCAACGUGGAGAUGGACGCCGCCCCCGGCGUGGACCUGAGCCGCAUCCUGAACGAGAUGCGCGACCAGUACGAGAAGAUGGCGGAGAAGAACCGCAAGGAUGCCGAGGACUGGUUCUUCAGCAAGACGGAGGAGCUGAACCGCGAGGUGGCCACCAACACCGAAGCCCUGCAGAGCAGCCGGACGGAGAUCACGGAGCUGCGCCGCACGGUCCAGAACCUGGAGAUUGAGCUGCAGUCCCAGCUCAGCAUGAAAGCGUCGCUGGAGGGCAGCCUGGCGGAGACUGAGGCACGCUAUGGAGCCCAGCUGGCCCAGCUGCAGGGGCUCAUCAGCAGCAUCGAGGCUCAGCUGAGCGAGCUCCGCUGUGACAUGGAGCGGCAGAACCACGAGUACCAAGUGCUGCUGGACGUGAAGACCCGGCUGGAGCAGGAGAUUUCUACCUACCGCCGCCUGCUAGAGGGCGAGGAUGCCCACCUGUCCACCCAGUACUCCUCAUCCCUGGUCUCACAGCCCACCCGGGAAGGCACGGUGACCACCCGCCAAGUGCGGACCAUCAUGGAGGAAGUCCAGGACGGCAAGGUGGUCUCCUCCCGCGAGCAGGUCCAUCGCUCCACCCACUGAGGCCCCUUUCCACCUGCAACAGCCCAGCCUCCAGGGCCCAGGGGCAGCCAUUGCCUCCAGCUCCCAGCACGCUACUGCCGCGCCCCGAGAGCCCGUGUGGGCCACCACCCAAGAGCUGUUGCAUUUCUCUGUCUGCUUCCUGCCUCCCCUCGCUGAGGGGGGUCUCCUGACUUUGUCCCAGUGACUGCAAUUAAAGCUUUGCUUGAAGUUCAA